AUGGCCUACUGCUGGCGCUUCGAUCCCGGCGCGCGCAACGCCGACGAGCUGGUCGUGGUGAUGGACAUCGAGCUGACCCGCGAGGGCUACAUCAUCGGCGAGCCGGACUUCGCCGACGAGGGGCGCCUGCGCAACGACCGCUUCUACCGCGCCGCCGCCGAGAACGCGCGGCGCGCCGUGCUGGAGUGCGAGCCCUACACGGAGCUGCCGCAAGGCCAGUACGAUGAUAGCCCCGUGACCUGUCACCGCCGUACGUUCGCCGCCCGGUUCUCCUCCGACCGGCCCGCCGCCCGGUUCAUCGCCGGUCUCUUCGCUGCCACCCUGGGCUUCCUGGCGAUCGCGCUCGUGCUGCUGGCCGCCGCGGCGCAGCCGGCGCGCGCGCAGUUGACCGUCGACAUCGUCAAGGGCUUCGCCGAGCCGCUGCCCAUCGCGAUCACCGACUUCAACGCGAGCGAGGGCGAGCAGGCGCGCAUCGGCGCCGACAUCGCCCAGGUGAUCUCCGACAACCUGGCCCGCUCCGGCCUGUUCAAGCCGAUCGACCAGCGCGCCUUCAUCCAGGACGCGGCCAGCGUGCAGAACGGACCGCGCUUCGCCGACUGGCGCCUGAUCAACGCCAAGGCGCUGGUGAGCGGCGGCGUGGAGACCAAUCCCGACGGCCGCCUGCGGGUCUCCUUCCGGCUGUGGGACGUGCUGGCCGAACAGCAGAUGACCGGGCUGGCCUACGUCACCACGCCGGCCAACUGGCGGCGCAUCGCGCACAUCAUCUCGGAUGCGAUCUACAAGCGCCUGACCGGCGAGGAUGGCUACUUCGAUACGCGCAUCGUCUACAUCGCCGAGAGCGGGCCGCAGGACCGGCGCGACAAGCGGCUGGCGAUCAUGGACCAGGACGGCGCCAACCAUCA